AUGAUCAUUCGCCCUACGCGGACACUCGCCGUGCUUUGUGUGGUGGUGUUGUGCGCUACAAGUGCGCGUGCUCAGAAUUGGCUAAAAACGCUGGUGAAAUCGACGAACGGCACGCUUGAUGUGCACUCUUUUCCGGGCGAGCAGUGUUUACGCCAGUGCGAUGACACGCAUCCCCGGAUUUGCUACUUUUCCUGGACGAUGGAACACUACCACGUGAUGGGACCUGCUUGUCGUAAUUGUGCAAAGGGCAACCAUACCGACUGUUACCAUCCUGCCUGCAUAACGGCAGAUGGCGUCGAACGUGGUGUCAUGAGCCUGAACCGUCACAUCCCUGGACCAGCGAUCAACGUUUGCCACAACGAUCUGAUCGUGAUCGAUGUAACGAAUGCGAUGGCCGGUACAGCGGCUUCGAUCCACUGGCACGGUCUUCAUCAGCGUGCCACACCACACAUGGAUGGUGUUCCCUUCAUUACCCAGUGCCCGAUCGGGUUUGGAAAUACGUUCCGCUACGCUUUCCUCGCAACGGAACCUGGCACACAGUUUUACCACUCGCACUCGGGACAUCACAAGGUGAACGGACACUAUGGAGCACUGAUUGUGCGUGAGCCUAAAGCAGCGGAUCCGAAUGGACAUCUGUACCACUACGACACACCGGCCCAUGUGAUUGUGGGUUCGGAUUGGAUGCAUAUCGAUGGGGAGAUGUUUAUGCCGGGGCUACCGUCCGCUGGUGGAAUCAUGCCCAUCAAUCUGCUCAUCAAUGGUCGCGGAACGUACUACGAUCGCGAAAAGAACGAAACCACGGACGUGCCGUUGGAGGUGUAUACUGUUCGGCGUGGAGCACGCUUUCGUUUCCGGUUUAUCAAUGCCGCUAGUCACGUGUGUCCACUGCAGCUACAGAUCGAGGAUCACUUCAUCGAGAUAAUUGCUAGCGAUUCCUUCCAUCUGCAACCGCGGAAAGUAGAUACGCUGGUCACUACGUCCGGUGAACGGUACGAUUUCGUGCUGGAUGCCAACGGACCCAAAGACACAUAUUGGGUACGAUUGCGAGCUCUAGGGCCUUGUGCUGAUCUGCAGCUGGAGCAAUUCGCCGUAUUGCGAUACACCGGUGGUCCUGUAGAAAGCUAUGCUUUCCCUGCCAACAAACCGCCUACAUAUGACGUUCAGUUCCCUAACGUUGCCACCGCCAAUCAUCCGAAUGCAACGUGCGGACGCACUGAGUUUAAUGAUUACUGUAUAACCGACUUCCAAGCGUACGAUACAGACGAAGAUGUCAUCAAUGGAACGCCUGAUCAUCAGCUUACGUUCGGUUUUUCUAACUAUCUUGUCAACUUCCACCACAUGUUUGAGACGCAUCCAUAUGAGCAUUUUAUGAACAUCCACGGUUCGGUAAUGCUACAAGGUGGCAUCAACAACCUCACCCUCGCAUAUCCACCAUUCCCACUGCUCACACAACCCGACGAGAUCGAUGAAAGCAUGUUCUGUGACGAGCACCACCGUCCGGAACGGUGUUCCGAUCGACAGCUGUGCAGUUGCAUACAUCGAGUCAAGAUCGAGCUGGGUGAUCUCGUGGAACUGUACAUUCUCGAUCUCACACCCACCGUUAACGAUCUUAACCACCCAUUCCACCUGCACGGCUACCAAAUGUUCGUGAUGGAGCUGGGCCAAGAUCGACGGGUGCCGAUCACGUUCGAGAUCGCACAACAAAUUGCACGGCAGCGCUUGGUGCAGCGAAAUACGGUCCCACUUCCACCGCGCAAGGACACGGUCUCGAUACCGAGCCGUGGAUACGCCCGUGUACGGUUCCGUGCGAACAAUCCUGGCUUUUGGCUGAUGCACUGCCAUUACGAGUGGCAUACGGCCGUGGGCAUGGCGUUGGUACUGCAGGUAGGCGAAACGAACGAUAUGGUCAAGCCACCGGCAGAUUUCCCGAAGUGUAACAGUUACACACCCGCGGUGGAUGAUCUUCUGCAGGAAGGACUAUGA